UUUUUCUUAAUUAAGUAGAGAGAGAGAGAGAGAGAGAGAGAGAAGGGAGAGUGUUGUGUUGUGUUGUGUUGUGAUCUUAUUUGUUUGUCGAAAUCUGGGAAUCAUCUCAGACUCUCUCCCCUCCUCUUCCUUUCCUCGAACUCAAUCGUAAUUGAUUUCUAGCCGCCCCUGAUCGUCGGAGAGAGGGGAUGAACGGUGACGAUGGGGAGAUCGUCGCAGCUUCGGUAGAUCCAUCUCUGCCUCUGGAAUGGAGAUUCUCUCAGGUCUUCGGUGAACGCAGCGCUGGUGAAGAAGUUCAAGAAGUUGAUGUGAUUUCAGCAAUCGAGUUUGAUCAUUCCGGCGACCAUCUUGCUACCGGGGACCGUGGAGGACGUGUUGUUCUUUUCGAGAGGAGCCAUGUCAUAAACAGCAGUGGAGGAGCUAGAAGGGAUCUUGAAGACACUGAUCACCCACUGAGGCAUCCUGAGUUUCGUUAUAAAACAGAGUUUCAGAGUCAUGACCCUGAGUUUGAUUAUCUCAAGAGUUUGGAGAUAGAGGAGAAGAUAAACAAAAUUAGAUGGUGUCAAACAGCCAAUGGCACUCUUUUUCUCCUGUCGACAAACGAUAAAACCAUCAAGUAUUGGAAGGUUCAAGACAAGAAGAUCAAGAAAGUUUGUGAAGUAAAUUCAGAUCCUUCAAAAACUGGAGCGGUCGCAAGCUCUGGCAAUCCAACCGCGUGCCUUGGGAACGGAGGAGUACCUGAAGCCAUCUCAUCGCUGCGGUUCCCACUGGUAACUAGCCAUGAGUCGAGCCCUGUGGCUAGAUGUCGAAGAGUCUAUUCUCAUGCUCAUGACUAUCACAUCAAUUCCAUCUCAAAUAAUAGUGACGGAGAAACAUUUAUUUCGGCUGAUGAUUUGCGAAUAAAUCUUUGGAAUCUGGAGAUUAGCAAUCAAAGUUUCAAUAUUGUUGAUGUUAAGCCUGAGAAAAUGGAAGAUCUAUCUGAGGUUAUCACAUCAGCAGAGUUUCAUCCUACACAUUGCAAUAUGUUAGCUUAUAGCAGUUCCAAAGGCUCAAUUCGCCUGAUUGAUCUGCGCCAAUCAGCUUUAUGUGACUCACAUUCCAAAUUGUUUGAGGAACCAGAGGCAGCAGGUCCUAAGUCGUUCUUCACUGAGAUAAUUGCUUCAGUGUCAGACAUCAAAUUUGCGAAAGAAGGAAGAUAUCUCCUUAGCCGUGACUACAUGACACUCAAGUUAUGGGACAUCAACAUGGAUUCAGGUCCGGUGUCAACUUUCCAGGUUCAUGAGUAUCUGAAACCGAAGCUCUGUGAUUUAUAUGAAAAUGAUUCUAUCUUUGACAAGUUCGAGUGUUGUAUAAGUGGCAAUGGAUUGCGAGCAGCUACAGGUUCUUACAGCAAUAUGUUCCGUGUGUUUGGUGUUUCCCCGGGAAGUACUGAGUCUGCAACUUUAGAAGCAAGCAGGAAUCCUAUGAGGAGGCAUGUCCCAGUUCCCUCGAGGUCAUCCAGACUAGGCAGUAUAGCGCGUGUUGUAGGUAGAGGAUCAGAGAGUGCAGGAGGAGUCGAUGGGAGUAGCAAUGCUCUUGAUUACAAAACAAAGUUGCUGCAUCUUGCUUGGCAUCCAAAUGAGAACUCUAUUGCUUGUGCCGCUGGAAAUAGCUUGUACAUGUACUAUGCUUAACCACAUUACUCAGCCAAAAAAAAAGGCGUAUUUUCUCUGCUCUAGACUCUGUUUUUCUUUUCUACCUUCUGGUGAUUAAUGGGAAUUGCUAUAUACAUCAUCAUCAUCAGUGAUCAUAUAAGCUCUUUAAUCAUCAUGCUGGACUUGUGCUCCUGGAAACUACUUUACAGGCCAAGAACGAAAGAGGUGAAAAUCCGAUUGAAAGAAAUCGUGAUUUUAGUAAAAGCUAAUGUCAUAUGACUUUUGGAUUGGAUAUAAGAUUAGAUUAUUUUACAAUCUUUUCUGUCUUGUGUAAUCAUUGUUUUAUUGAUUCUUUUUCUUAGACUUGUUUCUCCUUUGUUGACUUAUUAAAAUAAUACAUUUCAUUUACCUA